UGCGGAUUGUCUCCUCUUCUUUAGAAGUGAAAGUCGACUUUAACUCCAUUAAUCACUCGGGCAGAUUGCCUGUAACAAAGUCCCACUCUCUGGAUGGAGAAAGGCUGCUGCAAAAUGAGGGCUCUGUGUUUGAACUUUGCCAUCACCUGUCUGUGGCUUCUUCCUUCAUCAGUCCAAGAGAUAUCCAAGAAACUGGAAUUUCAAAGCCAAGAGUGGGGUGAGGAGGAAGGAGGAAGAGAAGGUGCUGGUGGAGCAGCACUGAAAGUUAAACAUAUCUCCAAAGAUUUACAGAUCAUCUCCACCAAACAUAAAACACCUGCUUAUGGCUCGCUUGGCCCAUACGGUUGGCCUCAGAACGUCUCACAAGCCCUGGAUCAGUAUCUGUAUCGUCCUCCUCCCAAAUCCAAACCUCCAGCUAAAACUUCCCCAAAGGCCAAAAAGAUCCUGGGCUGGGGGGAUUUUUACUUUAACGUGAAAACAGUGAAAUUCAGCCUCUUGGUGACAGGGAAGAUUGUGGAUCACAUCAAUGGUACAUUCAGCGUCUACUUCCGCCACAACUCAUCCCGACUGGGGAACAUAUCCGUCAGCAUCGUUCCACCCUCCAAAGCUGUGGGAUGGGAGCAGAAGCAGCAGCAGGACAUGAUGAUGGUGACUGAACUCAACUGCCGGAUCGAGUACCAGAGAACCAACCGGUCCAAGAAGACCAAGCCCUGCAUGUACGACCCAGGCCAGACAUGCUACUCAGAAAACACCCAGUCCCAGGCAGCCUGGAUCUGUGCCAAACCAUUUAAGGUUAUAUGCAUCUUCAUCGCCUUCACUGGCACGGAUUACAGACUGGUGCAGAAAGUUUGCCCUGAGCAGAACCAGCAGCACUUCGGGUGACAAAUUCUGAGAUAUGAUACACUGACUUCUCACUCGUCCUUCAAACAUCCUUCAGAAUCAUAUGUUCAGUUUUCCAAACACCUUCAACAUAAAGAUACAUCAUCAGCUUGUCAGUGAACGCAGAUUGAGCCAAAACUUGUGUUGUCUUUUUUAAGGAUGUAAGUUUUGUGUAAGCUUUGCGUUGUCUGAAAGCACACUCAUUAAAACAUUAACGCUGUUUUUGACUUUGUGUUUAAAACUUUUGC